ACUACAGCAACUGUGGUUACAGUGUGGCCCUGGGGACCAAUGGAUUCACCUGGGAGCAGAUUAACACAUGGGAGAAACCCAUGCUGGACCCAGCAGUGCCCACAGGCUCCUUCAUGAUGGUGAACAGCUCUGGGAGGGCCUCUGGCCAGAAGGCCCACCUUCUUCUGCCCACCUUGAAGGAAAACGACACCCACUGCAUCGACUUCCAUUACUACUUCUCCAGUCGUGAUCGCUCCAGCCCAGGGGCCUUGAACGUCUACGUGAAGGUCAAUGGCGGACCCCAGGGGAACCCUGUCUGGAACGUGUCUGGCGUAGUCACCGAGGGCUGGGUGAAAGCGGAACUUGCCAUUAGCACCUUCUGGCCACAUUACUACCAGGUGAUUUUUGAAUCCGUCUCUUUGAAGGGUCAUCCUGGCUACAUCGCGGUGGAUGAGGUCCGAGUCCUUGCUCAUCCGUGCAGAAAAGCACCUCAUUUUCUGCGACUCCAAAACGUCGAGGUGAACGUGGGGCAGAAUGCCACGUUUCAGUGCAUUGCUGGUGGGAAGUGGUCUCAGCAUGACAAACUUUGGCUCCAGCAAUGGAAUGGCAGAGACACGGCCCUCAUGGUCACUCGUGUGGUCAACCACAGGCGUUUCUCAGCCACGGUCAGUGUGGCAGAUACUACCCAGCGUAGCGUCAGCAAAUAUCGCUGUGUGAUCCGCUCCGAUGGUGGAUCCGGUGUUUCCAACUAUGCAGAGCUGAUUGUGAAAGAGCCUCCCACACCCAUUGCGCCCCCAGAGCUGCUAGCAGUGGGGGCCACCUACCUGUGGAUCAAGCCAAAUGCCAACUCCAUCAUUGGGGAUGGACCCAUCAUCUUGAAGGAAGUGGAAUACCGCACUACCACAGGCACCUGGGCUGAGACCCACAUAGUCGACUCUCCCAACUACAAGCUGUGGCAUCUGGACCCCGAUGUGGAGUAUGAGAUACGGGUGCUGCUCACAAGACCAGGUGAAGGAGGAACUGGGCCUCCAGGGCCUCCCCUCACCACCAGGACCAAGUGUGCUGACCCUGUGCACGGCCCCCAGAAUGUGGAGAUCGUGGACAUCCGAGCCCGGCAGCUGACUCUGCAGUGGGAGCCCUUUGGCUAUGCAGUGACCCGUUGCCACAGCUACAACCUCACAGUGCAGUACCAGUAUGUGUUCAACCAGCAGCAGUAUGAAGCUGAAGAGGUCAUCCAAACCUCUUCUCACUACACCCUGCGGGGCCUGCGCCCCUUCAUGACCAUCAGACUGCGGCUCCUGCUGUCCAACCCUGAGGGACGGAUGGAGAGUGAGGAGCUGGUGGUACAGACCGAAGAGGAUGUUCCAGGAGCUGUUCCUCUUGAAUCCAUCCAAGGGGGACCUUUUGAAGAGAAGAUCUACAUCCAGUGGAAGCCUCCCAAUGAAACCAACGGUGUUAUCACACUUUAUGAGAUCAACUACAAAGCUGUUGGCUCCCUGGACCCAAGUGCCGAUCUUUCUAGUCAGAGGGGGAAAGUGUUCAAGCUCCGGAAUGAAACUCACCAUCUCUUUGUGGGUCUGUACCCAGGGACCACCUAUUCCUUCACUAUUAAGGCCAGCACAGCCAAGGGCUUUGGACCCCCAGUCACCACUCGGAUUGCUACCAAAAUUUCAGCUCCUUCGAUGCCUGAAUAUGACACAGACACCCCACUGAAUGAAACGGACACAACCAUUACAGUGAUGCUGAAACCGGCCCAGUCCCGGGGAGCCCCUGUCAGUGUUUAUCAGUUGGUUGUCAAGGAGGAGAGACUUCAGAAAUCACGAAGGGCAGCUGACAUCAUUGAAUGCUUCUCAGUACCUGUGAGCUAUAGGAAUGCCUCUAGCCUGGAUUCUUUACACUACUUUGCUGCUGAGUUGAAGCCCGCCAACCUGCCUGUCACCCAGCCAUUUACAGUGGGUGACAACAAAACAUACAAUGGCUAUUGGAACCCUCCGCUCUCCCCACUGAAAAGCUACAGCAUCUAUUUCCAGGCACUCAGCAAAGCAAAUGGAGAGACCAAAAUCAACUGUGUUCGUCUGGCUACGAAAGCACCAAUGGGCAGCGCCCAGGUGACCCCGGGGACUCCACUCUGCCUCCUCACCACAGGUGCCUCCACCCAGAACUCUAACACCAUGGAACCAGAGAAGCAGGUGGACAGCACUGUGAAGAUGGCCGGUGUGAUUGCUGGCCUCCUCAUGUUCAUCAUCAUUCUACUGGGUGUGAUGCUCACCAUCAAAAGGAGGAAGCUGGCCAAGAAGCAGAAGGAGACACAGAGUGGAGCCCAAAGGGAGAUGGGACCUGUGGCCUCAGCUGACAAACCCACCACCAAGCUCAGCUCCAGCCGCAACGAUGAAGGCUUCUCCUCUAGUUCCCAGGAUGCUAAUGGAUUUACGGAUGGCAGCCGUGGGGAGCUGUCCCAGCCCACCCUCACAAUCCAGACUCAUCCCUACCGGACCUGUGACCCCGUGGAGAUGAGCUACCCGCGAGACCAGUUCCAACCCGCCAUCCGGGUGGCUGACCUGUUGCAGCACAUCACCCAGAUGAAGAGAGGCCAGGGCUAUGGGUUCAAGGAGGAAUAUGAGAAAGAUCUCUCUGAUUACAGUGGAGGAUGGAUUGGAGGGAACAGUCCCAAAGCAAGAGAACCCAAAGAGGAGAUUCGUUGGAAAGUAUUUCUCCAGGCCUUACCCGAGGGGCAGACCGCUUCAUGGGAUACAGCCAAGGAAGAUGAAAAUCGCAAUAAGAAUCGAUAUGGGAACAUCAUAUCCUAUGACCAUUCCCGGGUGAGGCUGCUGGUGCUAGAUGGAGACCCACACUCAGACUAUAUCAACGCCAACUACAUUGAUGGGUACCAUCGACCACGACACUACAUCGCAACCCAAGGUCCAAUGCAGGAGACAGUGAAGGACUUUUGGAGAAUGAUCUGGCAGGAGAACUCAGCCAGCAUCGUCAUGGUCACAAACCUCGUGGAAGUGGGCAGGCACCCAGCGGAACACACUGUGGGAAAUGCCACGCUAGGCCGUGCGGCGUCCCCCGGAAUGGUGAAGUGUGUGCGAUACUGGCCAGAUGACACGGAAGUCUAUGGAGACAUUAAAGUCACCCUGAUUGAAACAGAACCCUUAGCGGAAUAUGUCAUUCGUACCUUCACAGUCCAGAAGAAAGGCUACCAUGAGAUCCGGGAACUCCGCCUCUUCCACUUCACCAGCUGGCCUGACCACGGUGUCCCCUGCUAUGCUACGGGCCUCCUGGGCUUCGUCCGCCAGGUCAAGUUCCUCAAUCCCCCCGAAGCUGGGCCUAUAGUGGUCCACUGCAGUGCUGGAGCUGGGAGGACUGGCUGCUUCAUCGCCAUUGAUACCAUGCUUGACAUGGCUGAGAACGAAGGAGUGGUGGACAUCUUCAACUGUGUGCGUGAGCUGCGUGCACAGAGGGUCAACUUGGUGCAGACAGAGGAGCAGUAUGUGUUUGUGCACGACGCCAUCCUGGAAGCAUGCCUCUGCGGCAACACGGCCAUCCCUGUGUGUGAGUUCCGCUCUCUCUACUACAACAUCAGUAGGCUGGACCCCCAGACGAACUCCAGCCAGAUCAAAGAUGAAUUUCAGACACUCAACAUUGUGACACCCCGUGUCCGACCUGAGGACUGCAGCAUCGGGCUCCUGCCCCGAAACCAUGACAAGAAUCGUAGCAUGGAUGUCCUGCCUCUGGACCGCUGCCUGCCUUUCCUCAUCUCGGUGGAUGGAGAAUCCAGCAACUAUAUCAAUGCAGCACUGAUGGAUAGCCACAAGCAACCUGCCGCCUUUGUGGUCACCCAGCAUCCUCUACCCAACACUGUGGCAGACUUCUGGAGGCUCGUGUUCGAUUAUAACUGCUCCUCCGUGGUGAUGCUGAAUGAGAUGGACACUGCGCAGCUCUGCAUGCAGUACUGGCCUGAGAAGACGUCUGGGUGCUACGGGCCCAUCCAGGUGGAGUUCGUCUCAGCAGACAUCGAUGAGGACAUCAUCCACAGAAUAUUCCGCAUCUGCAACAUGGCUCGGCCCCAGGAUGGAUAUCGUAUAGUCCAGCACCUCCAGUACAUUGGCUGGCCUGCCUACCGGGACACACCCCCCUCCAAACGCUCUCUUCUUAAAGUGGUCCGAAGGCUGGAGAAGUGGCAGGAGCAGUAUGAUGGAAGGGAGGGACGCACUGUGGUCCACUGCCUAAAUGGGGGAGGCCGCAGUGGAACCUUCUGUGCCAUCUGCAGCGUGUGUGAGAUGAUCCAGCAGCAAAACAUCAUUGAUGUGUUCCACAUUGUGAAAACGCUGCGGAAUAACAAAUCAAACAUGGUGGAGACCCUGGAACAGUAUAAAUUUGUAUAUGAGGUGGCACUGGAAUAUUUAAACUCCUUUUAGCCCAGUGGGAUGGAGAAACCUGCCAGAGUGCAGAGGCUGCUACAGCAAAGCCUCUUUUUCUCUGAAUGGCAGUGACUGGGCCCGGGAACUCAGAGGUGGCACCCCUGCCUAACUCCAGAAGGAAGACUGGUGGCUCUAUGCUCUGCGGUGGGCUCUGCGCCUUCUGAGGGGCCUCCUGCAGCUGUGGGAGAGGCCACACUCACAAGCCCAGGAUCCCUUCCACACUUGACCAGCCACAACCUUGGGCCCAAGCAGAAGGGCACCCACAAACAAGGCCUAGGACUCGCGGUUCCCAGACCUCCUGCUUUUUUUUCUGAGUUUGUGCAUUUCAUGGCAAGCCAGCUGUGCAGGUGCUGGGAGUGGGAGGCUCGCCAGCACCUCUUUUUCCCUCCCUCUCUUAGGAGUGUUGAGAAUGUGAAGUCUACUCCUCCAUGCAGUUGUUAUGGAAAAGAAUGGGAAUUUGGAAGUCACUGCUCUGAUGCCCCCUGCAAUCUCCUUCAGAGACCUCUGAAACCAGACACCUGCUCUUCUGGAUCAGGGCGACCUCAGAAUGAACCCUAGACAAAAGCAGAGGCUCCUCUUCAACCUCACACCUAAUCUGCAUGGGGCUUGGCCCGCUCGCAUUCUGUACCCCUUUCCCAGCCCAGGCCUUGACUGUCUGUCAUUCACUGACUAGCCAGCUCUGCCCAUAGCACAAUUCCAUAAAAGAUUUUCUUUCCUUUUCUGUGGUCUCUGGAAGGGGCUGGAACUGUGGGGAAUGUUGCUGCUCCUCCUUUCCUUUGUAAAAGGGACCAGCAUGGUGCAGGGCUCUGGCUGUCUUGUACAAUGUAACCCCUGUGUCUCCUGGGUGGUAGCUUCCUCUGGGAGGGAUGAAGAAAAUAAGACUUGAUUGUUUUCCCAAGUGUAUGUGAAAAGAAACUUGUCUUUUGAGGGUGUAAAAUCUUAGUCUCUUAUGUCAGAAAGGUAAGGUGAGAGUUUGAGUGUGUAGUUAUGAGACAAAUCUUUUGAGCCUGUUAUAUUAUCUGGUUCUGUCCUUGAAAGGUUCCCACCUGGGAGAAUACAGCCAUUGAGCAAGGGAGAAAUGGGCUAGUCAGAAAAUGGUCUCUGGUUUCUGGGACAUAGACAGCACCAGCUUUGAGCAUAAUUUGGAUCUCCAAAUUUGAACUUCUUCCUAGAGAAAUCUAGCCUUCCUCUUGCAAAAGGCCAUUGCAGAUCUGGUCAUGCUUUGGUUUAAAAUAUCUCAAAGAGAUUAGGCCUGGGACUGUGGGUCUUACCCAAGGUAUGAGUGAGUCAAGGAAAGGGAGCCAGCAUCUGCUAAGUGUCUCCUAUAUGCCAGGCACCAUGCUUGACACCUUCCAUAUGACGUCUCACAUAGUCUCACUAGCCCCAGCAGCGAGCUCUUAUCAUCUCCAUUUUGCAUUUGUGGAAACUGAGGAAUCUUUCUCAAUGAUGGAAUUCUGGGCCCCAAAAAGGCAGACAAAGAUGACAGAACUUUUCUGAACUGUUUUCUUUAUACUUUCUCAGUCAAGCAAUUAUUUAAUGGAAGAAAAUAAGGCUAGGAGUUUCUGAACAGAGAACUUCAUGAAUGGAAAUUUAGUUUUCUUUCUCCAGUUCUUCUGCAAAGCCCAAAAUCUCGGAUAUAUUUUAGUAACUCAUUCCCUGUUACCCUGGAAAGCUAGUUUCAUCUAAUUUCUUCUUCCUGUGAAAAACAAUUCUCCUACUCCCUCAGGCUAUGAGGGAGCCAGCCAGGGACACUCUCUACCUUGGUCUCUAGCCAGUGGUUAGGUACAAUAUCUGACAGAUUCAGGUGUCCUUAGAUCUAAGAAGCGCCAUCUUGCAGGCUGGUCUAACCCUGAAAAAGGUAUGAGGAGCACAAAAUUCAAUAAGGCACAGUUCGUGCCCCUAAAGGCUCACUGUGUACUGGAGAAAUUGAACCACAAUGCAAUAGCAGUGCAGUGCAUGAGUGUUUCAUGGACCUACAUACUUGAGAGCCUCACUCUGCCUAGGGCUCCCUGAAGGAAGUAGCAUUCAUUUUCCAUCUAGGUCUCAUCAGGUAUGAAAAGGAAGAAAAGGAAAUUCAAGGCAAUGGGUCAGUAUGUGCAAUUGCAAACAGGCAUGAAAAGGCAUCAGGAAGGGCAGAAGAUGGGAGGUCAGCCCAGCAGGAGCAUAGCAGCGCAGGAGGAAAGGCAGGAAGUAAGCUAGGGUCAGGAAGACAGAUGCCCCACAGAGAGGGCAGAUGUUGUCCUGUGGUCAACAAGAAGCCAGCAAAGCUUCACAGUGAUGUGAUCACCCCAGUGCUAAAGAGGCCAGUGGGGCUGCCUCUUUUCCUUUAAUCAGACACUGUGAAAACCUUCCCUUAAGCGUGUUAUUUUUUAAUAUUGUAUCUAUUUGUCUUUCUGCUCAUUAUUUUGUGGCUGGGACAAAAUAGGCAGUGGAUCAUGAGAUGUUGUUCCUGUAAGAGACCCAGGAUCUCUGCUUUACCACAGAGCGGGGUCAGCAAGCCAGGCCUCCAAGCUCACUAAGAUGGGACAUGAAAGCAGCCCGAGAAAGCUGCCUCCGUUGGCAUAGGCCCUGGAGCUGUCUAGAUGUCCAGGGACACCGGACUUGAUCAAGGAAGGGCUGUCAGUUUGGAAGUUCAAAAGGAAAUCUCAAAGCAAAGGCAGGCAAAGGACCCGCAGGACUAACUCACUCUUCUCCUUUGAUGGGCCUCAUCCCAGGGGUAUUUGAGCAGGUCCCCAGGGCCCAACCCCCACUGAUCCUGCUGGCUUCCUUUGGCUCCAGCCUACUGCCCCAACUGGCCUUCCCAGCCUGAAGGACUCUGCAGCAUGGUAUAUCAGCCUGUUGUCUCUUAUUUCCUGAGAUCUUGGCUCAUCCAGACAGGCGAAUACAGGGCUAUUUAGCACAAUCCCUAGGAUUUAUUCUGCUCAUGAAAGGAUGAAAUAGAUGCCACCUAAAAAUGAGAGGGGACUUUAUCAUUUCAAAUGGUAGAAAUUUAAGGGUGGCUGCAAGAAAAAGGAAACAUAAAAAUUCAGGCCAUCGUGGGUUAACCCAACAAGGCCAGCUUGUUCCCUCAUUUUGUCAUGAUUCAACCACUCUCCAAAGAAGGCAGAGGAGUGAUGUGGUCUUAGGGUAGUGUACACAAAAGGAACUGAGGCUCAUGGAUAGAGGUGACUCCUGUAGGAUCCCACAGGAAGGCUCUAAGGCAGGGCUUGGAUGAGAUCAGGUAACGGUGCCCAGAAUUUGGACUUGAUAACUUGCCCAGGAAAUCUCCUAAACAAGUACCACAUCUCCUCCCCUCACCUUAGUAAUAAGGUAGGCUCACCCUUCUAUGAGCAGAGGAAACUAGUAUUAAUGCUCUCCACAACAGAAGUACACUCAUCUACAAGGUGCCAAAGAGUGCCCUCCCUUAGCAAAGAUCUUCCCGUGGGACCCCAUCUGGAGGAGAUGCAAGGAAUUAACAAGAAGCCAGAAACCCUCCCCACCUCGUGUGUGUCUAUGGCCUAGAUAGAUUCAGAAUAUAUCUCAGCUUCAUGACAACAUUGUGUCUUUUCUCUCAGCUGGUGUGAAGAUCCUGAGCCAGCCAGGGACCUCUAGGCCUCUAGACAGCCACAGGAAACCUCCCUUUAUGGGAAGAAAGACACCAGCUUGCUUCAGGGUGUAGGCCUCCUCUGCGCAUGUGACCCGAGAAUUGCCCACCAGAUAUCAACCGUCACAUGGAAGUAGCUGACCUUGAGCUGGGGACUGUAAUAUAUGGGCUUAUUUCUUCCAAUAUUCCUAAGAAGAGUACUUGUGAUUACCAUAUCCCCACUUUACUGAGGAAACAGAGUCUCCCAGAGGGAAAUCACUUGCUCACAGCUCCGUUUCCAGUAAAUGAGCAAGCCAGAAAUUAAACUAUUUUUUUCGGACCAAAAGACAAUAUUUUUCCACCAUCGUGUCUCAGAUUUUCCCAUUGGGGUUACUCAUAACAGCAAAGACUGGAGUGGAACAAGUAACUCUGGAUUUUGGUGAGCCCAGCAAAGCCAAUGGUAAGUAUAACACUCCCUUAUAGUCUCAUAUUUUAAUAAUUCAUGCGACAUUUGCAUUCCACUUCCUAACUUAAACUGAUAAGUUUCAACAUGACUCUAUAAAUACUUUUUAAAAAUGUACCCUAUGUAGUUUUGAUCUGUUCAGCCCACUUGUAUGGACCUUAGAGAAUAACAUCCCAGUCUAUGACAUAAUAACAGACCUGCUACAUCCCCACUAAGGCUAAUUCCAGAUUCAGGAUCAAAACCACCUGGCCUUCCUGUAGGCCGAUCCUUUGGUGUGGGAGUACCCUGCCCUCACUAUUCCCAGGUUAAGUUUAACUAAGGUCUCUUCUGGUUGGGUGCUGAAAGGAACACUUUAGCAGAGUAGAAUGAUGAGGACUUGCCCAUCUGGCAUGGUGAGGGGGUGGUAUCACAAAGCCCUUAAAACAAAAGGGAAGCUGGAUCCACUGUCUAGGUGGAGCCCCUUAUUUGCUAAUGUGGGCAACUCUGUGAACACAUUUUGCAUGAGGGACUGGGAGGCCUACAAAGCCUCUCAAGUUACCUUAAUAUACAUUCACUGUGUUCCUACAACAUGCAGUAUUCCGCAGGAACACUAUCAGGAAGCACUAAUGAUUACGGUACAGUGCAUCCCUUGGUGAGGGAUAGACUGAUGGCAGAAAGAGAUCAGUCUUUGGUAUGAACCCUUGCCUUGCCAUUUCUUGGCUAUAGAAUGGUGUGCCAAACAACUCAUGGAAAAAUAAGCAUGCAAAGGGAAAUCUCAGCCAGGUUAUAAGGAAUAGAUUUGGGGGUCAUUACACAAGAAAAUAGGAAGGCAAGGCCAGGAAAUUAGAAGCCAAUGAAUACUCAGAGUCAAGGAUGCUUAUGGACUAUUUGAUCACUUCUCUGAUAUGGCAGGGGAAGAAAUGGGGCAAACAUACAGCUUUUUGGGGGAAAAAUCUCAGUGAAAAGUGAUCAUCGUUUUCACUCUGACCAGUCAUGCUUAUCUUCCAUUUCUGGUCAUAUUUAUAUUCCUUACCAGAAUCCAUGUCUCCACCUCUCUGGUGUGAGCCCUAUAGAGUAUACGGAAGUGUCAACCUAGCAAGACUUCUGCACACAACAGAAGUGAAGCCCAGGUAGGAAUAUCCUGGCACCUAUCAUGUCAUCUCUGGAGCAAUGACUGCCAGCCCAGAUUCAGAAACACUGAAAGAAAUGAUCAUUCCCUCAGACCUCACUGCCUAAGGACAGAAUCGAAGAAAGCUACCUUUCCUUAGUCUGCACCUGGCCACUCCUGGGCUGGUCAGAAAAGCCAUCAGCAACAAGCUGAAUCAGGGCUUUCUGUGGAAGACGUAGGUGAACUCAAGGGUAAGCAUAAGCAGGAUGUUGAUCCUAAGCCAAAGUCAAUAGACUGCACUGGGCCAAAAUUUGCAGGGACAAGUUGCCAAACAAAGCUGAAGAGUAUGUCACAGUAUAGACCAUGGAUGGUCAUAUCAGCUCAAAGCCUUGAUUUCCUGACUUACCUUUCCCCUCACAAAACCAACAUCAGUCCCUUUUCAGCUUUUGACCAGCUCCAAAUCACAGUCAAGUACAGCAGAGAAAUAAGAAAAGUAAAUCCGACUAGAGACAAACACCUGAGAUUCAAUCUUGUUUGUGUACUCCCAUUCAAAGCCUCCCUCUCGGGGGUUUUCCUUGCAUAUGUAUCUAGGAAUUAUAAAAUACAGAGUUUUGGCUUCACCUACCAGGAUUCUGCCUCUGAGGUCAUAUACUGUCUGAGCAGCAAGAAGGGAGGUCCAUGUAGACAGUCAGCUCCGAUUUCCUCUGACACAUAUUUCAGGCUCAUAAAUAUGACCCCCAGAAGUACAGAUCAGAUAUCUUUGCCAUAUCUGUGCACAUAAACAGUCUUAGUUUCUUGGUAACCAAGGGCAGACUUUUGCAUGAAACUGACUAUUCAACUGUCUUGGAGAAAUCAAAACCAUCUCUUUCAUACUUCUUGCCCCACUGCAGAAGAGAUAGAAAAAUAUAUCAAAGAGAACAUAUUCACUUAUGAGGUCCACCCCUGAAUGUUAGGUCUCCAAGAGGAGAAAUCAGCAUUCACAGUAGUAACCCUCCAAGUCUGGUGGGCGAUCUAUCUAAGGGUUUGUUGGUGGUUCACUAGAGAUACAGGAAGUGUCAGGAUGAAACAGGAUCUAUUGGAAAAAGCUUUGAGGGCUGAAUAACCAUGAGGCUUCCGUAUGUAUCUGAGGUCUGCUCUGGGUGGUAGGAUAUAGACUUUAGCUCUUGACUGGAAUGCACAAAAAAAGAAAAGGCUAGGGGCUUUGGAGCAUUGGGUAAAAAAGUAUGAGUAUAAAAGCCUGGAGCUCAGGGUAGUUCAUGGUACUUUGGUGAGCAGAACUCUUGGGUUUGGGGGAGGAAGAGACAGAAGGAAUAAACUGAUAAAAUUGCUAAAUUGAAUCUUGUACAAGUAUUUCAGUGCCUUUGGGUUUGUGAAUAAAAACUGGUAGGCCUCAUAUGAUGGUCUGACAAACUCUCCUAGCCCACCGUACUUUACUUCCUCCCAUGGAAGAUUAAUGGCAUAUGGUUUUCCUUGGGUCAGUGCCCGCAGAGUUUUCUGAAGGCUUGGUGGGGAAGGUGCACAACACAGUGUCAUUCUAAGUAAAAUCAGGCUUCUGAGGGUCAGGGAGAAUACUAGCACCCAUAUCUUCUCUAGGACAGCAGAUUACUGGAUAAAGUCAAGCACAAUUUGCUAGUCCUGAGCUAUUCCUGUGAAUGGAACCAGUAACAAUGGGGGAAACUUCAGAGCUGGGAGGAAGAACUUGCUGACUGCCAGAGAGGAUGAGCUACCAAUUCAGCAGCUGUCUGCCAGAGCCCAGGUGUCACUUUCAAGGGCAGAACAAGCGUUGUUGAAAUGGCUUUUUGGUCAUUUCCACAUGAGGUGGGGGAUAUCCUGCAGAUCUGGGAUCAUGUUUAAACUCAUUUAUACCUGCAGUCUAGUCAAGCUUUACUUGUGUAGGUCGAAGCUUCCUGCUCUCCCAUCUGAGCCUGCUUAACACACUGGCCAAGGUGCUACUCUGGCCUCAAAUCCUGGGCUCAUCCAAGCUUGGUUAUCACCAAACACUAAACUAGAAAAAACAGCUGCUUGCCAUAGACCUGAUGCCCUCUGAGAUCUCUGAUAAGAACCCACUGGCCAACAGGGCCACCAGAAAUAGCCAGACCAAAUAAAGUUGAAGCAGGACCCAGAGCGGGGCUUUACUUACCAUGUUCAUUACAUCCAGCAGGUAAUUCUACCCAGUUCCCCACUCAAGGCCUGUUGGCACAGAUUUCAAAAGCACAGCGACCCAGUGGACACAAGAUUUUAAAAAUUCCUAGUGCAUGUAUUUCAUCACUAGGGGGGAAUCUUGGGUUUCCUCAGGUUAACUCAAGGUAACCCAUACUGGUAAUCAGACUCAAAAGCACUAUUUUAUCUUCUCUUUUCAUUCUGUAGCCUAGUGGAUAGAUCAAUCAAAGACAGAGUUGGGACCUCUACCAUUGCUUUGGUCACUGGUCACCCUCAUAGCUGUCUAACAGGUAUCACACGGCCUCUACUCAUCUCCAUGGAGGCUGACAUUUUCAUACCGAUGGGGCAUAUGAUAUUGCAUGAGACCAAAGUCUCCACAUUAUUUGCAGCCUCCUCCACAAAUCCCAAUGGCCUGCACUUGUACAGUUUGGGUGUUUGAUAGAUAAAGCACGUAUGAGAAGAGAAAACAAAAUAAAUCAACUUUUAAAAGGAGCCAGCACUGUGCUGUCAAUGUUCUUUUUUUUUUUUUUUUUUUCCUUUUUCUUUCCAAUUCUAGCUUAAAAAAAGCAGAAGGUAAAUAAUGUCAGGUCAAUGAAUAUCAGAUAUAUUUUUGACUGUACAUUACAGUGAAGUGUAAUCUUUUUACACCUGCAAGUCCAUCUUAUUUAUUCUUGUAAAUGUUCCCUGACAAUGUUUGUAAUAUGGCUGUGUUAAAAAUCUAUACAAUAAAGCUGUGACCCUGAGA